AGAAGGAUGCCUGCUAGAAGGAAAUGACUGCUUUGUAAAGCCAGGGUAAACUUCUGAAAUGCCUUGAUUAAAACAAGCUAUAUUAAAGACCCCAAAACCACUUCAGUCGCAGCUUUCCUCUGAAUGUCUUUCACAUGAAAUGGGCCUGAGUCGCUCUAAGGCUCACCCUAGGGUGAUCAAAGUAGCACCUUUGCAAAACAAAGAGGGAGAGACUCCCUCGGCUGGCCCUGUGGACUUUGCAUUCAAUCAGAAUUUGGAAGAAAAGACUUCAUAUUUGCCGGCAAGACUGCAGGACCAGAAUAAAGCUUCGGAAGGGCAGCUGCCACCUUUACAAGAAACCUCGUAUGGAAGAUAUUCUGCAGCUUCCAGAGAUGUGUAUUUUGACAUCCCAUUGGAACACAAAGAAACAAGUAUUAUUAAAAGGCAUCCACCCCAAAGACUGCAAAAGCUUGAACCCAUUGACUUGCCGCGAGUAAUUACUUCGGGAAGACUCCUGAGCCAGCGAGAAGCCAGGACAAUGCACAAAGCAAAGGUGCUGGAAAAGAAAAUGCAGGUUCCAAUGUACACUUCUGAAAACAGACAAUAUUUGCAUAAGAUGCAAAUGCUGGAAAUGAUCCGUAAAAGACAAGAGGCCCAAAUGGAGUUAAAGGAAAGUCUUCAUGGGGAGGCAAGAAUUAAUAAGCAAAGUCCAAGGGACCACAAAGGCAAGAAAAUCCUUCGAAGCACCCCAAGGAAUGAUGCCCAUGACCUUCUAACCAUGUUGCCUGAUGAAAUCUUGAGCAAAGGUCCUGACGGAGUUUCGCUCUUGUUACCCAGGCUGGAGUGCAAUGGCGCAAUCUCGGCUCACCGCAACCUCGGCCUCCUGGGUUCAGGCAAUUCUCCUGCCUCAGCCUCCCGAGUAGCUGGGAUUACAGGAAAUUCACAGAAUGCACAAUUUUUUAAACAUCAAUCAGUGAAUGACUACUGUCCCUGGAAAACUGGCAAAAUGGAAACACGGCUUCAUGAACAAGAGACCCAGGGACAGCUUCUCUGGGACAGUUCCAGCUCUGACUCAGAUGAGUUGGGGAAAGAUGAGAAGAAGCCACGAGCACUGGUGAGGACCAGGACAGAGAGAAUCCCACUUUUUGAUGAGUUUUUUGAUCGAGAAUAAGAAUGCUAUUCAUUAACCUAGACACUGAGUGCAUUGAAAGUUUGCUUUACUCUCAAAAUCUUUCAAACUGAUAUAUGAAUUACUUUGAGGAAAGCAAAUUACUUUGGUAAAAAGAAAUGAUAUCUUUAGAGCCUUAUGGUUAAUAGGCCUGUUAUAUGUGCUAUUAACUAUUGCUGUAUAACUAAGUGCCUCAAAACGUAGGGACUAACCAACAGCCAUUUUAUUGUCUCACUUUUCUGAGCGUUGCUGAGCUCAGCUAGAUGGUUCUUCUGCUGUUCCCUUUUGAAAUCUUUCAUGUCAUUGAAAUUGAACUACAUUUUGGACAACUAGGACUGGAGUAAUCUGGAGUCCCCAUUAGCUGGAGGUAGCUGGAGUAAUCUGGAGUCCCCAUUAGCUGGAGGUAACUGAGAUAGCUGGACCUUGCUCCCUAUUCAUAUAGUCUCCGAGCAGCUUCACAUGAUCUCUUCAGCAGGACACUGCAGAGAUUUCUCUCAUAUGAGCCCAGGGCACCCAAAAGCAAUUGUCCCAAGAGGAGGAAAUGGAAGUUACCAGUCUUCUUAAAAGAUACUCAUAGAUCUGGCUUUGCAUCACUUUCAACAGGUUCUGUUGGUUAAAGUCAUAGGCCAGCUUGGAGUUAAUGAAGAAGAGGACUACACAAGGGCAUGAAUGUGGUCCUUUGGGCUCUAUCUUUAAGACCUGCCACCUCACCAUGGUUUUAAAAGGAAAAUAAGAUUUUGUAAAACAAAUAGAUGGACCGGGUGCAGUGACUCACACCUGUAAUCCCAGCACUUUGGGAGGCCAAGGAGGGCAGAUCACUUGAGGUCAGGAGUUAAAGAUCAGCCUGGCCAACAGGGUGAGACCCCGUCUCUACUAAAAAUACAAAAAUUAGCCAGGCGGCCGGGCGCGGUGGCUCAAGCCUGUAAUCCCAGCACUUUGGGAGGCCGAGGCGGGUGGAUCACGAGGUCAGCAGAUCGGGACCAUCCUGGUCAACAUGGUGAAACCCCGUCUCUACUAAAAAAAUACAAAAAAUUAGCUGGGCACGGUGGUGCGUGCCUGUAAUCCCAGCUACUCGGGAGGCUGAGGCAGGAGAAUUGCCUGAACCCAGGAGGCGGAGGUUGCGGUGAGCCGAGAUUGCGCCAUUGCACUCCAGCCUGGGUAACAAGAGCGAAACUCCGUCUCAAAAAAAAAAAAAAAAAAAUUAGCCAGGCAUGGUGGUGCUUGUCUGUAAUCCUAGCUACUCAGUGGGGAAGCUGAGGCAAGAGAAUUGCUUGAACCCGGGAGAUAGAGGUUGCAGUGAACCAAGAUCACUUCACUGAACUCCAGUCUGGGUGACAGAAUGAGACUCUGUCUCAAAAGUAAAAAAUGCUAUUUACCAAAAAAAAAAAAAAAAAAAUAGACAAAAAAGUAGAUUGGAGAUAAAUAAAAGUGAGUUUCUAAAGGAAAGUCACAGUAACGCUACAUUAAACACUAAGCUUACUUAGG